AUUUCGCUUGAAUUUGCUUUAUAUUGGUUAGAAACUGCGAAGUGUAAUUUUAAAGAGAGUUCUGUGACAAAGGAUCUAAAAUAGAUAAUUGUAAAGUAUAAACCGCAGUGUAUAAGUAUCUUAUAAUAAUUUAUUAUUUUUAGUUUAAGCAUUGACUGUUUAUUCCUCAAAUGCUCGUAUUAAAAGUCAAUGACGUUUAAAACGAAUAAGGUAUAAUAAUAUAAAAAAUAAAAAUGAGUUUCACAUACAGUACUCCAAAGUCUCAACCCAGUACUACUACUCCUGCAAGCACUGUACCAACUACAACUUUUACGUUUGGAGUCGGUGGUGCUGGAGAUGCAGCAAAACCAACGGGAUUCUCACUUACAUCUACACCAGUGCAAACUAAACCUAGUGGAGUAUUUGGUACUGGAUUAAGUGGUACUCCUGUUCAAAGUCCUGGCUUUACUUUUGGAACACCAACUGCUGCUCCUACAACCACUGUACCUUCACAAACACCUGGUUUAACAUUUAGUACUGGUACAACUGCAAGUACUGGCAUAACUCCUGCAGCAACUACUGCGACAGUUCCCACAGGAUUCUCUACACCAGCAUCAGCUGGAAAUACUUUAAGCUUUAAUUUAGGAGGUACUACCACAGUGACAACAACAACAGCAGCGACCUCAGCUUUUGCAUCUAAGCUACUUACUGCUGGAUUUGCCUUGGGUGGUGGUGAAACUAUUGUAUCCACUGCUAGAACUGGCUUAACGUUUGGUACACCAAAUACAAUAACAACAGGAACUGGGUUUACUCUUUCUGCAACACCUGUUGUAACUACUGCUAUAGCUACAACCACAACAGCAACAGGUUUCUCUUUAGGUGCAAGUGGCACAACAUCUGCAGCCACAGGAUUUACUUUCGGUACAGGGACAACUUCAACUAGCACAGCAGGAUUUUCUUUAAAUCAGACUGCAGCCACAGCAAGCCUCACAUCUACUCAAGCAUCAUUGGGUACAACUACAACUGUCAGUUCAUCUGCGGGUACACUUCAACCUGCUUCUAUAAAUUCGUUUGAAGAAUCCAUAAAUAAAUGGACCUUAGAACUAGAAGAGCAAGAGAAGGUAUUUGUAAAUCAAGCUGAACAAGUUAACGCUUGGGAUAAAUUGCUUAUAAGUAACGGAGAGAAAAUAGUAGCACUGAAUCAAGAAGUUGAAAGAGUCAAAAUUGAGCAGCAGCAGUUGGAGCAUGAAUUGGAUUAUGUUGUUGGUCAGCAGAAAGAGUUGCAAGACUGUUUAGUACCACUAGAAAAGGAAUUAGCAUCUCUUUCAGUAUCUGAUCCAGAAAGAGAAUACACAUAUCGUUUAGCGGAAGAUCUUGAUACUCAAUUAAAACGAAUGUCAGAAGAUUUGAAGGAAAUCAUCGAACAUUUAAAUCAGGCCAAUCGCACGCAAGAUUCCAGCGACCCUAUUGUCCAAAUUGGCAAAAUAUUGAAUGCUCAUAUGAACAGUUUACAGUGGUUAGAUCAGCAAACAACUUUGCUGAAUCAAAAGAUUCAGCAGAUUGAUCAGAUGCAUCAAAAUUUCAGACAAGAGAAUGAACGAAACUUCAAUUUAGCAUAUAAUUAACGUUAAUAGUCGAAAGUUCAUUUUGUAUCAAUUGCCUUUAUGCGUAAAAAAAACUCAAGGGUGUAUAAAAAAUAAAGAAUUUAUAUUGUAUGAAAA